UUUUAUUUUGAAAAUCCGCGAUGAUGGCGGCCAUUAUUAAUGUGUCGUGCUGCUGAUUGUUUUCACUUUGUGUGUCUGCUGUGCAUUUAUCCAGUAAAGCAAACGCGAGAGAGAAUAAAGGCCAAAACUGGACUUGACCAGAGAUACUUGCAUAAGUGUGAUGUUAAACUAACAGGUCUGCCUGUGAUCCUGUUAUUAGGAAGGGCUCAGCAGUGCCUGGGAGCCCAGGGAGCCACUGUCUGAGUCCCUUGGGAUCAACCCCAAGAAACCACUGACUAUGAACGCCACAAAGGGAGGUCUGGUCAUUUUUACGGCCAACUCUAACCCGUCCAACAGAGAGCUGGGUAAAAGGAUUGCUGAACGGUUGGGUGUGGAGCUUGGCAAGGUGCAGGUCUAUCAGGAGGCAAACAGAGAGACACGAGUUCAGAUCCAAGAGUCUGUGCGUGGUAAAGAUGUCUUCAUCAUCCAGACUGUAUCCAAGGAUGUUAAUACGACCAUCAUGGAACUGCUUAUUAUGGUGUACGCCUGUCGGACCUCCUGUGCGCGGAACAUUAUCGGAGUCAUUCCCUACUUCCCUUACAGUAAACAGUGCAAAAUGAGGAAAAGAGGCUCCAUCGUCUCCAAACUGCUGGCCUCCAUGAUGUGUAAAGCAGGUUUGACUCAUCUCAUCACCAUGGAUUUGCACCAGAAGGAAAUCCAAGGCUUCUUUAACAUUCCAGUAGACAACCUGCGAGCAUCUCCAUUUCUGCUCCAGUACAUUCAGGAAGAGAUCCCUGACUAUAGAAACGCAGUAAUUGUGGCCAAAUCUCCAGCAUCAGCUAAAAGGGCGCAGUCGUUCGCUGAAAGGCUUCGGCUGGGCAUUGCUGUGAUCCACGGCGAAGCGCAGGAUGCCGAGUCCGAUCUCGUGGAUGGACGACACUCUCCACCUACUGUCAAAAACAUUGGCGCUAUCCAUCCCAGCCUGGAGAUACCUUUACUCAUCCCAAAAGAAAAGCCUCCAAUAACAGUAGUGGGAGACGUGGGAGGUCGGAUCGCUAUCAUUGUGGAUGAUAUUAUCGAUGAUGUGGACAGUUUCCUGGCAGCAGCUGAGACGCUGAAGGAGCGAGGCGCUUAUAAAAUCUUUGUCAUGGCCACUCAUGGAAUCCUGUCCUCUGAUGCACCACGUCUGAUAGAGGAAUCUGCGAUCGAUGAGGUGGUUGUCACAAACACCAUUCCACAUGAGAUCCAGAAACUGCAGUGUCCCAAGAUCAAGACAGUCGACAUCAGCAUGAUCCUGUCUGAGGCAAUUCGUCGCAUUCACAACGGAGAGUCGAUGUCUUACUUGUUCCGCAACAUAGGCUUGGAUGAUUGACAGCUUUGUCACCUCCUGUUUCAUCACUGCCAGUUGUGUAAGGUGCACAAAAGUCUUUUGUUUUUUUUUUUUUUCCCUCGCAUUCCAUGGAUCUUGUGGCCAAAACAAUUUUUUUCUACAUUAAAAUGUGCUCAAAGGCCAUUACACUUUUUUUUUUUUUUUUUUUUUUUUUUUUUUUUUUUUUUUUUUUUGUACAACACAUUUUUAUUUAUUUUUAUCGUUUUGCGCAAAUCCUGUUCACUUAUUGAUUACUGCAAUGUGCUUUUCAGAUGAGUUUGAAAGAGGGUGAGUUCUGAGAAAAUGCCCUUCACAGCUAUUUGUUUUGUUUGCUGAUUUGUAAUAAUUUAAGGAAAAAAAAAAAAAAAACACUGGCUGUUUUUUUUUUUUGUUUAAAUUGAAUACCAAUUUGUACUUUGUGUAUGUUACCACUGAAUUGAUAUUAAUUAGAAAGGCUAAUCAGGGUUAAAGUGCUUUGUUGUUUCAGAUAAAUAGUGACAGUCAUUGUAUUUAUUUACACUCUCGGGGAGGAAGAUUUCUUUCACAUGGCCAACAAUAACAAAUAUUAACACAGUGACCAUCUAUUAACAUGAUGCCAUAUAAUUGUACCAGUCAUUGCCUCACGACUUGUGUAAUCACUGUGCUACUGGAUAAUUAAUGUGUAAUUUAUCUGGCAAGUUCUUGCAAGCUCUAAUGCUCAAAUGAAUUAUUUUUUGACAGCCCUUUAAUGUGCAAAAUUCAACUGUCGCUUGAACUAGAGGUAGAUUAUUAAGUAGAAAUAUUUUUCAUGCUAAGAUGUUCAGCUUCAGCAUUUUGAAAGCUCAUUUGUUUUUACUAGUUAUGGGUCCAUACAAGCGAUCUUGCUUCAAAACUGAAAUAUCUCACAUUAUCAAGUUUUGCUUAACUUGGACUUUUCCAGUCAGUCCAUCGCAGGGCCUUUGUUAUUGUACUAAUCCUUCCGGCUCUCACGUUUCCUCACAGCAAAUGAUGAUGAUGAUGAUGAUGAUGAUAUAAUAAAUUAAUACAAAUGA